CGCCGGCACCUCAUUCAUUUCCACCGGUCUUUUGUCGGUAGCACCGGUUCUUGUCAUCGCCGUCCGUCCGCCUCUGCCGCCCCCGCAAGGCUUUGCUGUCGCCACCUCCAGCGACUUGCCGCGCUCGAUUCUCUCCGCUUCGCUUCCCGCCAACCGCAACCAUUGACGCCAUGUCGGGUUAUUCGAGUGACCGAGACCGCGGCCGGGAUCGAGGGUUUGGUGCCCCUCGAUUUGGAGGAAGUAGGGCAGGGCCCUUAUCUGGAAAGAAGUUUGGAAACCCUGGGGAGAAACUGGUUAAAAAGAAGUGGAAUCUUGAUGAGCUGCCCAAAUUUGAGAAGAAUUUUUAUCAGGAACACCCUGAUUUGGCUAGGCGUACAGCACAAGAGGUAGAGACAUACAGAAGAAGCAAGGAAAUUACAGUCAGAGGUCACAACUGUCCAAAGCCAGUCCUGAAUUUUUAUGAAGCGAACUUCCCUGCAAACGUCAUGGAUGUGAUUGCAAGGCAGAACUUUACUGAACCCACAGCUAUUCAAGCUCAGGGAUGGCCAGUUGCUCUAAGUGGAUUGGAUAUGGUUGGGGUAGCACAAACUGGAUCUGGGAAGACGUUGUCUUAUUUGCUGCCUGCCAUUGUCCACAUCAAUCAUCAGCCAUUUCUAGAGAGAGGUGAUGGGCCUAUUUGCUUGGUGCUGGCACCAACUCGGGAACUGGCCCAACAGGUACAGCAAGUAGCUGCUGAAUACUGUAGAGCAUGUCGCUUGAAGUCCACUUGUAUUUAUGGUGGUGCUCCCAAGGGACCACAGAUACGUGAUUUGGAGAGAGGUGUGGAAAUCUGUAUUGCAACACCUGGAAGACUGAUUGACUUUUUAGAAUGUGGGAAAACCAAUUUAAGAAGAACCACUUACCUUGUCCUUGAUGAAGCAGAUAGAAUGCUUGACAUGGGAUUCGAACCCCAAAUAAGGAAGAUUGUGGAUCAGAUAAGACCUGAUAGGCAAACGCUAAUGUGGAGUGCUACUUGGCCAAAAGAAGUAAGACAGCUUGCUGAAGAUUUCUUGAAAGACUAUAUUCAUAUAAACAUUGGUGCACUAGAACUGAGUGCAAAUCACAACAUUCUUCAGAUUGUGGAUGUGUGUCAUGACGUAGAAAAGGAUGAAAAGCUUAUUCGUUUAAUGGAAGAGAUCAUGAGUGAGAAGGAGAAUAAAACCAUUGUUUUCGUUGAAACCAAAAGAAGAUGUGAUGAACUCACUAGAAAAAUGAGGAGAGAUGGGUGGCCUGCCAUGGGUAUCCAUGGCGACAAGAGUCAACAGGAACGUGACUGGGUUCUAAAUGAAUUCAAACAUGGAAAGGCUCCUAUUCUGAUUGCUACAGAUGUGGCCUCCAGAGGGCUAGAUGUGGAAGAUGUGAAAUUUGUCAUCAAUUAUGACUACCCUAACUCCUCAGAGGAUUAUAUUCAUCGAAUUGGAAGAACUGCUCGCAGUACCAAAACAGGCACAGCAUACACUUUCUUUACACCUAAUAACAUAAAGCAAGUGAGCGACCUUAUCUCUGUGCUUCGUGAAGCUAAUCAAGCAAUUAAUCCCAAAUUGCUUCAGUUGGUCGAAGACAGAGGUUCAGGUCGUUCCAGGGGUAGAGGAGGCAUGAAGGAUGACCGUCGGGACAGAUACUCUGCGGGCAAAAGGGGUGGAUUUAAUACAUUUAGAGACAGGGAAAAUUAUGACCGAGGUUAUUCUAGUCUGCUUAAGAGAGAUUUUGGGGCAAAAACUCAAAAUGGUGUUUACAGUGCUGCAAAUUACACCAAUGGGAGCUUUGGAAGUAAUUUUGUGUCUGCUGGUAUACAGACCAGUUUUAGGACUGGUAAUCCAACAGGGACUUACCAGAAUGGUUAUGAUAGCACUCAACAAUAUGGAAGUAAUGUUGCAAAUAUGCACAAUGGUAUGAACCAACAGGCAUAUGCAUAUCCUGCUACUGCAGCUGCGCCUAUGAUUGGUUAUCCAAUGCCAACAGGAUAUUCUCAAUAAGACUUUAGAAGUAUAUGUAAAUGUCUGUUUUUCAUAAUUGCUCUUUAUAUCGUGUGUUAUCAGACAAGAUAGUUAUUUAAGAAACAUGGGAAAUGCAGAAAUGACUGCAGUGCAGCAGUAAUUAUGGUGCACUUUUUCGCUAUUUAAGUUGGAUAUUUCUCUACAUUCCUGAAACAAUUUUUAGGUUUUUUUUGUACUAGAAAAUGCAGGCAGUGUUUUCACAAAAGUAAAUGUACAGUGAUUUGAAAUAAAAUAAAUGAAGGCAAUGCAUGGCCUUCCAAUAAAAAAUAUUUGAAGACUGAA